AAUAAAACCAGUUCAUUUUCCACAUAAUGAAUGAUUACCAACUAAUGACUUCUGAAUUAAGAGAUGAAUUGACUUGCGUUUUAUGUCAGGAUAUGUAUGAUAAACCACAGGCAUUAAUACCUUGCCUGCACACUCUUUGUUUAGAUUGUAUAUCAUGCCUUCCAAAAACCAAUGAAGAAAAUGACGCAUUUAAUUGUCCUAUUUGUCGUGGUACUGUUAAUAAAUUUACAAAUAACUUUUCUAUCCAAAAUGUGAUUGAUAUUCUUCAGAAGGCAAUAAAAUCCCAGUCGUCAGCAAAUAAAAAUCAAGAGGAGUUAAUGACCAAAAAUAUAGGACAACAACAACAAAACCAUACAGCAGCAACAGCUAAAGAUUUAAAUGACAUAAAUAUACAAAACUCUAACCUUAUUGAGGAGCCAUCGUCCUCUUCUUCAGUAUCUGUUCGAGAUUACACUCAUGCUUUUAAUAAUCACACAAAAAAGACAUGUCGCUCAUGUAUACAAGGGAAUGAGAAUGGAUUUACCUGUCCAAUACCUAUUACAGAUGACGAACAGGAUGGAUUUGGACAUAUUUUAUGUGGUUAUUGUGGAGAAUAUAUGCCAGCAAGGGGAUUGAAUGAAAAUGAACCUGCUUUAAACCAAUGUUGUAAUUUUUGUGGUGUUGUUGCAUGUGAUGAAUAUUGGAAGUGUAAAAACAGAUCUAUUGCAGCAAAGCUUUAUAUUCUAAAUGAUAUAACUGAUAUAGAAAGCUGGCUAGAGAAUUUAGAUUCAAUUGAAAUGAAAGAAGAAGGACAUUUAAAUAAAGCUGAAAUACAGUUAUUGAAACAAUAUUUAAACGAAAAUAAUAUUUCUUGGACAGAAGCGUGGAAUACAUGUCUUUAUUAUUUAGAUGAAAGCAUUUAUACUUCUUCUAUAGUUAGGAGAAUGACACAAUUAGGUUUACAAGUCUACAAUACUCGUUUAUUACCAGGCUCAGAAGUUUUAGAUGAAUGUGAAGAUGAUAGUGAAGAGGAGGACUACUAUGAUCGAAUUGAGCAAGAAGGAAUUAAACCUUCACAACAUUUACGAGCAUGCUACACAUGCUUGGCUACUAUCGUUAACGGACAAUUUUAUGGUUACUGGAAGCAUAUUAUUAGGGACGGUUCAAUUGAAAAUAUAAGAGAAAUGUGUCCACAUGGUAUACAGUGUGAAGCUCAAUGGCGAAGAGAUACUCAUGCACAAAGAUUAAGCCAUAUCGAAAUAUAGUAUUAGUUUUUGAAAAAAAAAAAAAAGGAAAUAAAAA